AUGGCCAACAACAACGGAAACUGGGCGGCUGAGCAUUCGCCGACUCUGCGCAACGAUCAAAUGGCUGUGUACUCGAGGAACGCUUUUUCCAACUUCACCGACUUUGAUGACCAGGAGGACACUGGUGGUGGUGGUGUCAUGCUUCGCGAUUUCGACGACGGCAGCGGCAGCGGUCAUUUCGCUCCCACGCCGACCAACAGUGCUGCGUCUUCUGGCCAGUCGCACUCUCAAGAAAGCCGCUCGCGCAAUAGCAUGUCCUCGACUGCCUUCAGCAAGCCAUCGACAUCGGGUCGCCGCAACACGAUUGCGCCCAUCGGUACGGGACGAUAUGCCGAGUACGCCCAGAAGACCCACGCUUCGGUCGACGACCAUCUGAGCACAAAGACGACGACGACGGGCAACGAGGGCCGCGGACAGAAUGCAGGAUCCGACCACAUUGGAACUACUAAUACCCAUUUCACCCAGACAGCCGGUCAGACCCAGGCUGGCGUGACGUCCAACCCCUACACCCAGAUGAGCCCUACCCCCCAGAGAGUGCGGUUCGGACACCACACCCAGGGCUUGGACGCCCAAGUCAAUCUUACGCCGAAUAUCCACGGCGGUGCUGUUCAGUACACCCCGUCCGCCACCGAGAGGGGCCACCCCUGGGCCAACAAUGCAACGAUGGAAUACAACUCGGCCGGGCUUGUCUACAAUACCCCGACCUCUGGAUUCGGCAUUGCUCAGGGAACGGCCCUGGGCACAAAUCUCCCGUACAUGAAUCCGGACAUGACGCCUUCCCAUGUGCCAAAGAAAUCGAGCCAGUACCUGGCCACUCCUGGAUCGAGCAUCGUCUACAAUCAGUACAAUCAGACGGAGCCGCGCAACUUCGCGCCGCGCACCGGCUCGGAUACCGUAUAUGUGCAACCCCCUCCGGUUUUCAACCUUGGUCGUGGCACUACGGCCAAGAGGCACGAGAACACUUACAGCACUGCAGAGUCGGAUGCCGACCCCUUCAUGUCCCCGACUGCCAAUAGACGUGCUAAGGUUCCAACUUUCUCCCAGACGCUUGUUCUCCCUUCGGUUCCUGAGGAGAACCAUCAGUUGCUCCUGAUGCAGCAACCGGCGUUCUAUGUCCCAGCCCCCGGCGCCAUCCUUGUUCCUCGUUCGGAGCAGCUUACCAAGCUUACUGAGGGCCCUACGGGUCUCCCAAGCCAGGAAGUCGGUCUGAGCGACAAGAACUUCCCCUUCAUUGAGAGCGGAACCCAGGCUGCGCCUGUGGGAUACGGGGUUAUCAAAAUCAGAAAUAUUCCCUUCAACACCAAGCGCGCUGAGAUCAUUGCCUUCCUCGGCCGAAACUCGAGGAUCCUGAACGACAAGGAGGAGCCUGUGCACAUCAUCAUGGAGCGCGUUUCCUCCAAGACACAGGAAUGCUAUGUGGAGUUCAUGGCUGUGUCCGAUGCCGUCAAGGCUGUCGAGCGUUUCAGGGAGAACACUCAGAAGGGCCGGCCCAACCGCCUGGGCGACCGCCCUGUCGAGGUGCUGCUGUCCAGCCAGGCUGCCCUCAUGCACGACUUGUUCCCUCUCGCUUCCGGUGUGGCCUGGGAGGGCGCCAAGCCCAUCAUUCACGCGCCUGUUAAGGGCGAGCCGUGGAAGACCUUCAAGGGCUUUGUUACCGACGAGGAGAUGAUCAUGGUGGUCAAGCAUGUUGAGAUACCUUCGCGUUCUCCCUACUCCAAGGACUGCCCGCAGCGCCCUUAUGAGUGCAUGAUCUCCACGAUCAAGAAGCUGCCCUGGUACAUGACGGACCACAUCACGCUCCGCCAGCGCCACUCCAUCUACGAAGCCACUGUCAAGCUCAUCGUGUUCCUGAAGCAGGCCCUGCUGCGCGGAAAUCGCAUGCAGGAGGCCAUGAUCAACGAACAGCUGCUGAAACGUCUGGUCCUGGCCGCCAUGCUCUGCCCCGGUUUCUCGGUCGUGCAGAAGGACAACAUCGCGGCGCUCGCGGAGUGGGACCACGACCGCGUCCGCAUGUUCAACCAGCCUCGCUUCGCCGAGGGUUGGGUUCACCUGCAUGCGCUCUGCCCCAAGCCCGGCACGCCCGACGAUGUCCUGGAGUGGUACAUCGCCGCCAUCCGCAACGAGACGACCCGCUACAUCCACACCAAGUCGGACACCGAGCUUGCCGAGAUCCAGCGUACCGGCUACCACACCUCCCUGUACUUCGGUUAUAUCUGGUACGAGCUUGGCCUGUCGGCUGGUGAUGCCCUCGGCAGCCUCACCUUGCGCCAAGUUGCUCGCCACGAGCUCCAGGUUCUGAAGCAGACCCUCCGCCGGGUCUUCCCUCCCGCUGGGCCCAAGGAUGCGUCGAACUAA